CCGGAUCCGCGCGGAGCAGGCUGCUGGCCAGCCCCGGGCCAGCGCCGAGCAGAGCCUCAGGUGCGGUUCCCCCACAAGCAAGUGGCGCGGGCGGCGGCUUGGAACGGCCCGCCCCGCCCGCCGCGUCGGCGCCUGCCCCGUUGUGAGGUGAUAAAGUGCCGCGCUCCGGGACGCCAGCGCCGCGGCUGCUGCCUCUGCUGGGUUCUAAGCUUUUUCUCUCGCGCCGCCACUGGUCGCCGGCCGCAGCUUCAGGUGUCCUAGCCGCCCAGCCUCGACGCCGUCCGGGGACCCCUGUGCUCUGCGCGAAGCCCUGGCCCCGGUGGCCGGGGCAUGGGCCAGGGGCGCGGGGUGAGGCGGCUUCCCGCGGGGCCGUGACUGGGCGGGCUUCAGCCAUGAAGACCCUCAUAGCCGCCUACUCCGGCGUCCUGCGCGGGGAGCGUCAGGCCGAGGCUGACCGGAACCAGCGCUCUCACGGAGGACCUGCGCUGUCGCGCGAGGGAUCUGGGAGAUGGGGCACUGGAUCCAGCAUCCUCUCCGCCCUCCAGGACCUCUUCUCCGUCACCUGGCUCAAUAGGUCCAAGGUGGAAAAGCAGCUACAGGUCAUCUCAGUGCUCCAGUGGGUCCUGUCCUUCCUUGUACUGGGAGUGGCCUGCAGUGCCAUCCUCAUGUACAUAUUCUGCACCGAUUGCUGGCUCAUCGCUGUGCUCUACUUCACUUGGCUGGUGUUUGACUGGAACACACCCAAGAAAGGUGGCAGGAGGUCACAGUGGGUCCGAAACUGGGCUGUGUGGCGCUACUUUCGAGACUACUUCCCCAUCCAGCUGGUGAAGACACACAACCUGCUGACCACCAGGAACUAUAUCUUUGGAUACCACCCCCAUGGUAUCAUGGGCCUGGGUGCCUUCUGCAACUUCAGCACAGAGGCCACAGAAGUGAGCAAGAAGUUCCCAGGCAUACGGCCUUACCUGGCUACACUGGCAGGCAACUUCCGAAUGCCUGUGUUGAGGGAGUACCUGAUGUCUGGAGGUAUCUGCCCUGUCAGCCGGGACACCAUAGACUAUUUGCUUUCAAAGAAUGGGAGUGGCAAUGCUAUCAUCAUCGUGGUGGGGGGUGCGGCUGAGUCUCUGAGCUCCAUGCCUGGCAAGAAUGCAGUCACCCUGCGGAACCGCAAGGGCUUUGUGAAACUGGCCCUGCGUCAUGGAGCCGACCUGGUUCCCAUCUACUCCUUUGGAGAGAAUGAAGUGUACAAGCAGGUGAUCUUUGAGGAGGGCUCCUGGGGCCGAUGGGUCCAGAAGAAGUUCCAGAAAUACAUUGGUUUCGCCCCAUGCAUCUUCCAUGGUCGAGGCCUCUUCUCCUCCGACACCUGGGGGCUGGUGCCCUACUCCAAGCCCAUUACCACUGUUGUGGGAGAGCCCAUCACCAUCCCCAAGCUGGAGCACCCAACCCAGCAAGACAUCGACCUGUACCACACCAUGUACAUGGAGGCCCUGGUGAAGCUCUUCGACAAGCACAAGACCAAGUUCGGCCUCCUGGAGACUGAGGUCCUGGAGGUGAACUGAGCCAGCCUUCGGGGCCAACUCCCUGGAGGAACCAGCUGCAAAUCGCUUUUUUGCUCUGUAAAUUUGGAAGUGUCAUGGGUGUCUGUGGGUUAUUUAAAAGAAAUUAUAAUAAUUUUGCUAAACCAUUACAAUGUUAGGUCUUUUUUAAGAAGGAAAAAGUCAGUAUUUCAAGUUCUUUCACUUCCAGUUUGCCCUGUUCUAGGUGGUGGCUAAAUCUGGGCCUAAUCUGGGUGGCUCAGCUAACCUCUCUUCUUCCCUUCCUGAAGUGACAGAGGAAACUCAGUCUUGGCUCACUGGGGAAGAAGGAUUGCCAUUAGUGACUUGGACCAGUUAGGUGAUUCACUUUUUGCCCCUAGGGAUGAGAGGCGAAAGCCACUUCUCAUACAAGCCCCUCUAUUGCCACUACCCCACACUCGUCUAGUCCUGAAACUGCAGGACCAGUUUCUCUGCCAAGGGGAGGAGUUGGAGAGCACAGUUGCCCCGUUGUGUGAGGGCAGUAGUAGGCAUUUGGAAUGCUCCAGUUUGAUCUCCCUUCUGCCACCCCCACCUCACCCCUAGUCACUCACAUUGGAGCCUGGACUGGCCUCCAGGAUGAGGAUAGGGGUGACAAUGACACCCUGCAGGGGAAAGGACUGCCCCACAUGCACCAUUGCAGGGAGGAUGCUGCCACCAUGAGCUAGGUGGAGUAACUGGUUUUUCUUGGGUGGCUGAUGACAUGGAUGCAGCACAGACUCAGCCUUGGCCUGGAGCACAUGCUUAUUGGUGGCCUCAGUUUACCUUCCCCAGAUACCAGAUUCUGGAUGUGAGGAAAAGGUCCCUCUUCAGAAGGGGCCUGGCCUUCUGAGCAGAAGAUUAGUUCCAAAGCAGGUGGCCCCCGAACCCAAGCCUCACUUUUCUGUGCCUUCCUGAGGGGGUUGGGCCGAGGAGGAAACCCAACCCUCUCCUGUGUGUUCUGUUAUCUCUUGAUGAGAUCAUUGCACCAUGUCAGACUUUUGUAUAUGCCUAGAAAAUAAAUGAAAGUGAGAAUCCUC